AUGGCAGUUGCUUGUCCAAUGAGUGUUCCCGCUCUCGUGUCGUGGGCGGACGGCGCGCCCGCCAUUGGCUCAGCCGGGCGACUUCAUCACACGAUUUAUGACGUUAAAGUUAAAUACUUUGUUAACAGUGCCGCUGGUGCUAUGUGCGAUCGAGCUGGUUAUGGUAGCACCAUGAGCCACUUCCCCAUGGGCCCGAUGUCGGCCAUGGGAGCCAUCGGCACAAUGGGAGCGAUCUCGGCCAUGAACGGCCAAUCACACCAGAAGAAAUCCCAGGAGGAACACAUCAAACGACCCAUGAACGCCUUCAUGGUGUGGUCGAGACUACAGAGGAGGAAAAUUGCCCAGGACAAUCCAAAAAUGCAUAAUUCGGAGAUCUCAAAGAGAUUAGGCGCUGAAUGGAAGUUGCUCUCAGAAGACGAGAAGAGACCCUUCAUUGAUGAGGCGAAGCGUUUGAGGGCCAUGCACAUGAAGGAGCACCCGGACUAUAAGUACAGACCGCGGAGGAAGCCGAAGACUCUGAGGAAGGAGGGCUACCCCUACUCCAUCCCUUAUCCUAGUGUACCGAUGGACGCCUUGAGAGCCGGUAUGGCCGGCGGUGGUAUGACCCAGGCCAUGGGUGGUUACUAUGGUGCUGCUUACGGGCCUCUAGGAGCCAGCAUGGCAGCAGCAGCAGCUGCAGCGGCACAACAAAACGCUAUAUCGGCAGCAUUGACACCUAACGCACAGGUUGGUUCUUCAAUGGACAUGUCUAAAUACGGUAUAGACGACAAAUACAGGAGCUACGGUAUGUAUCCCGAUCCAUCUCGAGGGUACCUGGAUUCCGCGGCCCUCUCCAAGGCUUAUAUGUACAUGGAUCAACAGCAGCAGCGCUCGUAUCCUAUGGAUAUCAGCAAGAUGUACUCUGAAGCGUCAGUAGCUAUGGCUGGGUUAAGCUCCACUGUUAAUUCUGCAUCCAGCUUAUCUCCGCGUUCCCCAGCAGAGUCGCCAGAUACUAAACAGGACCGUCCUGAAGGGUCAACGUCCUCUGGAUCCAAUCCCUCCCCCUCCCUUCCUUACUAUCAAUCCUCAGGGCUGCUGAUGCCUCAGUAUCCUGGCCAGUAUCCUCAGAACACUCAAGCCGGUCCGGAGUUCAGGCGGCCGCUGACAGUCAUAUUCUGA